AGGAGGAGGAGGAGGAGGAAGAGGGAGGCUGGCUCGCGGAGCCCGGGAGCGCGGCCGGCUCCGCAGGCUGGGACCCGAGCUUGCGGCUUCCGGGAGGCGCCAGAGGUCGGAUAAAUACAGCCCGGGCGCCCGGGGAGCCGCGGACGCCUCCCGCACCGCGGUCCGCAGGCACCGAGCCGGCCGGCUGGGAAGGCGCGGCGCCCGCUCCCCCUCCUCCCGCGGCCGGCGCGGAGCGGCGGAGAGCAGCGGGCUCGGCCACCGGCCCCGGGCGCGGAGCCGAUGCGCGGCGGUGGCUGAGGGCCCGGGCUGGCCUCUGCCCUCCCUCUGCCCGGCGCCCGAGCGGGGCCGCGGCGCCCGGGGCGCGGGGCCCGGGCCGGUGCCAUGGGGGCGGCCUGAAGCACCGGGGCGGCCGAGCGCUCUCUCCCGAGCCGCGGGCCCUCCUCGGCGGCGGCGGCGGGCGCCCGCGGGAGCCUCCGCCGCGCUCUAUGCGCCUCUGCGGGCGCCGCGGGCCGCGGCCAUGGCGAUAGACCGGCGGCGCGAGGCGGUGGGCGGCGGGCCCGGGCGGCAGCCGCCCGCGGCCGAGGAGAACGGCUCCCUGCCGCCCGGGGAUGCGGCGGCCUCGGCACCCCUCGGGGGGCGCGCGGGCCCCGCCGGCGGCGGCGACAUCCAGCCGCUGCCCGCGCCGCAUCCCGCCAGCGGCGGCCCGCACCCGAGCAGCUCCUCGGCGGCGGCCCCGAGCCUCCUGUUGCUGGACUACGACGGGUCGGUGCUGCCCUUCCUCGGGGGCCUGGGCGGGGGCUACCAGAAGACCCUCGUGCUGCUCACCUGGAUUCCGGCGCUGUUCAUCGGCUUCAGCCAGUUCUCGGACUCCUUCCUCUUGGACCAGCCGAACUUCUGGUGCCGUGGGGCGGGCAAAGGCACCGAGCUGGCGGAGGUCACCGCCACGGGCCGGUGGGGCGCCGGCGAUGUGGCCAACUGGACCAGCCCCCCGACCACCUCCUUCUCCACUGUCGCCUGGGGGGCCGCGGGCGACCUUAGCAACAGCAGCGGCUCGGACGGGGGCGACACGCCACCCCUGCCGUCCCCUCCGGACAAGGGGGACAACGCCUCCAACUGCGACUGCCACGCGUGGGACUACGGCAUUCGCACAGGCCUCGUCCAAAACGUGGUCAGCAAGUGGGAUCUUGUGUGUGAUAAUGCCUGGAAGGUCCAUAUCGCUAAGUUCUCCUUACUGGUUGGAUUAAUCUUUGGCUACCUAAUAACUGGAUGCAUUGCUGACUGGGUCGGCCGGCGGCCUGUGCUGCUCUUCUCCAUCACCUUCAUUCUGGUCUUUGGACUGACCGUGGCGCUGUCGGUGAAUGUGACGAUGUUCAGCACACUCAGGUUCUUUGAAGGAUUUUGCCUGGCCGGGAUAAUUCUCACCUUGUACGCAUUACGAAUAGAGCUGUGCCCCCCUGGAAAACGGUUCAUGAUCACGAUGGUGGCGAGCUUCGUGGCCAUGGCGGGGCGGUUCCUCAUGCCUGGGCUGGCCGCCCUGUGCCGGGACUGGCAGGUGCUGCAGGCUCUCAUCAUCUGCCCCUUCCUGCUCAUGCUGCUCUACUGGUCGAUAUUCCCCGAGUCCCUUCGGUGGCUGAUGGCUACCCAGCAGUUUGAGUCUGCCAAGAAGCUGAUCCUGCACUUCACGCAGAAGAACUGCAUGAGCCCGGAGAGUGACAUCAAAGGUGUGAUGCCUGAGCUGGAGAAGGAACUUUCCCGGAGGCCCAAGAAGGUCUGCAUCGUGAAGGUGGUGGGGACCCGGAACCUGUGGAAGAACAUCGUGGUCCUGUGUGUGAACUCGCUGACAGGCUACGGGAUCCACCACUGCUUUGCACGCAGCAUGAUGGGCCAUGAGGUGAAGGUGCCGCUCCUCGAGAACUUCUAUGCCGACUACUACACCGUGGCCAGCAUCGCCCUGGCGUCCUGCCUGGCCAUGUGCGUGGUGGUCAGGUUCCUGGGGCGCAGGGGAGGGCUGCUGCUCUUCAUGAUCCUCACUGCCCUGGCCUCGCUCCUGCAGCUCGGGCUCCUCAACCUGAUUGGAAAAUACAGCCAGCAUCCAGACUCAGGUAUGAGUGACAGUGUCAAGGACAAGUUCUCCAUCGCGUUCUCCAUCGUGGGCAUGUUCGCCUCCCAUGCCGUGGGAAGCCUCAGCGUGUUCUUCUGCGCGGAGAUCACCCCCACAGUAAUAAGGUGCGGCGGGCUGGGGCUGGUGCUGGCCAGCGCGGGCUUCGGCAUGCUGACGGCGCCCAUCAUCGAGCUGCACAACCAGAAGGGCUACUUCCUGCACCACAUCAUCUUUGCCUGCUGCACGCUCAUCUGCAUCAUCUGCAUCCUCCUGCUGCCCGAGAGCAGGGACCAGAGCCUGCCCGAGAACAUCUCCAACGGGGAGCACUACACGCGGCAGCCGCUCCUGCCGCACAAGAAGGGGGAGCAGCCCCUGCUGCUCACCAACGCGGAGCUCAAGGACUACUCCGGCCUCCACGAUGCGGCCGCCGCAGGCGACGGGCUGCCCGAGAAUGCCACGGCCAACGGCAUGAAGGCCAUGUAGCUGUGGGCGCAGCCUCCCUGACGGGGCGCGGGGUUCCCAGGGUUGGGGCUGCUUGGGCACAGGUUUACAGACCAGGGACCCAAGCCGUGGCUGGGGCAGGGACGCCCACCUCUGCUGCUGACGCCACGGCAUCACGAGACUUUGAGCUGGUGUGGGGGAUUCUGUCUUUCCGAAACUCUGAGGAGCGUGUGUUUGAGGAAGCAAACGCUUUGGAAAUAACCCUUCAAAGACUUUCUUUUCUGCCAUUAAAUGUUUGUAUUUAUUUUGGUCAUUUUUAUGAGAAGCACUUUAUUCCCUCAUCCUGCAAUAGAACCACCUCCUUCGGGAGAGGGGCACGGUGGCCGGAGGCCGAGGCUUAAGAACCAGUGCAGCCAGUCUCCUCGCUGGGGCUCGGGCGCCGCUCUCGUCCACCCCGGAGGAGCAGAUGUCACCUCUGCCGCCCGGGCCGCCCCACGGCUGCCUGCCGGUGUUCAAGGAGAGACCCCACGAUCCGUCGGGGAGCGUUUCCAUGACUGCAUUUUGGACAGAGUGAAAUGUAAAUGAGUAGGUUUUUGCUAGAGAGCCUAUGUGUGGUUUUUAAAGGUUUUUCUGUUUGUAAGGUAAGAGCUUCUGUUCCAUGUGUUGGGGGAAAGCGGCUUACAAAUAUCAUUAAAACCAGCUUAGUCUUUCCUUCCAGAUCAUCCUUUUGUACUUGAUGCUAGAAGCUCUUUGGGGAAAAGCUUAAGCAUUUCACCAGAAAUCUUAAAUCAUUACUGGUACUUCUGCCACAGUUUCCUGACACAGGUUUGUCUGCCCGGCUGAGUGCAGUGAGCAAGUAUGUUGAGGUCUGAGACGUGUCACCGUUAUUAAUACUCCUUCCCAGAUUUGGCUCCAGCAGCAAAGGUCCCUUUCAGUCAGCUUUUUUGCCAGCACUACUUGAAAACACGGCUACUUUCUGAACUAAAACCAACAGCAGACUAGGUGAAAUAGACGAUGAAGGCAAGCCCACUGGAGGGAGGCGCUCCCCCAGAUGCAGCCUGUCGCCCGCGUCUCGAGCACACGCCACGUAGAAAUCAGCAGUUUGGAUGACUGUCGGCUCUCCCUGACCUCACGUGAGACUGCGAGCCUGUGGGAGACGCCCCACCCUGCCUUCGCCUGCUUCCUGUCACCUCCUCAGCACCGAAGCGGGGCUCAGGGCCAGAAGUGGGGUCUCACAGGUGAGUCCAGCUGACCUCCAGCCUCUUAAAGCAUCAAGACCAAUUGAAAGCAAUAACUCACCAAAGUCCGCUUCCACCCCCAGCCCCGAGAUCCAAGGGGUCUCACUGUGUUGCUCGUUCCAUCCCAGACAAGGAGGCUUCCUCCUGCCUUUUUCAGGUCCAGCUGUCUCCCCCUGGCUGUGGGUGUUUCAGAGGACACUUGGAAGGCCUCCUCAAGGACACCCAGGGCCGCUAAAAACAGGCUUCAUCGGCACAGGUGGGUGCCGCCUCAUAGCUACACAGGCACCCGAUUUUUUGGACAGCCUGGGUCCUUUCUAGAAUUGUCCACUUCCCAACUCUGUGAUGCGUGUGUUUGCCACGGGCCGUGUUCUUCCAGGGAGGUCAUGGUCUCAGGUCUGUGUGAAGCAGUUAGGUGACUUCCAACUGAUGGCUGCUAGCACUCAAAGGGCCAGAACAGAGGUUGACUCAGCGUCCCUUCCUCCCCUUCCAGCUUUCCACCUGGUCUUUUCUUACCGUCUACACCCACCGCCCUCCUCGUAAGUGGGCAGACCUCAGUAGGAGCCACUCACUUGAUGAAACGUCGUGGAGAGGCGAGCAAACCUGCAGGCCCAUGAGCGCCGUGUCUGUGUAACCACUGUCCCUGUCUCAUUGGCCGCACCUGGGGUCUCCAGCCUCCUCUGAGGACCGGCUGCCGGGAAGGUGGGCCAUCUGGGCUGUCUCUCCCCAGCUCAUCCUCCCCUUCCCUCGUCUCUUACGGCAUUUUUGUUCCACGUUUCAAUGUUAGUCCGCAUUCACCUUAAUUUAAGAAGGUCUUUCUUUACUUCUGCGCAGCCUUCGCUUACCAAACUUGUGAAAUACCUUUUGCCUUUUUUAGAGUACUUGCUACAGAGCCACCUGGCAGCAAGGCCAUUGGGUCCAGGACCAACAUGUGCAGCAGCCAGGCCAUUGGGCAGUUGGGGAAGGUAGGAAGGAGCCAGCGAGGUCCCUGGGCCGCCUCCAGCCAGGUACAUGUCUGCAUCCGUCACCCCAGCACUGAGACACCUCACAGUCCCUCUCCUGUCCCACAGAAGGACUUGUGAGUCCUUCUCACUCUCUUUAAGAAACAUAUUGAAGCUGUCGAGUGCAGCCAGGAAUCUCCAGGAAUGUGGAGGCAAAGCCCAGCACUUUUAACUCCUGUCCCCAGGUCCCUGAUCGCCAUCGUAACUGACAACAGAAACACUAGUCGACCAGCAGCCGGCCCUGUCACGUCAGCCUCAGGACUAACUCGUGUUGACUAGAAGAGAAGCUGGCUAUGAGGACUGAGCUCUCAGGACCAAAGUCUGGUGGAUGUGCAUGAGGCUGGCUAGCCGAUGGUCGGCAGUGACAUCUCAGCAGAGGCCCCACAGCUCUCCUCUCCUGGCAGCCUCAGGAUUUGGCUGAGCUCCUGUCCUGUUGCCUGUUCAGCGUGGGGGUGUCUGAGGCUCUGCAGGAGCGCCUUCGUGAAGUGUCGCCAUAGCAGAAGGGCUUCCCUGUGGGCGGGGCUGUGCGGCCAGUGCCCCAGGCCAUCGCCUGGUGUGGACUCCUCAGUCCAUUCCCCUCACGGCUGGAGGGAGAUGCUUCUCUCUCAGGCCGCUGCCACCUCCAGUCCACCCUCUGCAGCACCCGCACCCCUGGCCAGGGAACAUCCAAGGUACGUGCUCCGGCCGCUCUCCUCCACCCACUCCCAACCCUAAGGAUCAGGGAGCUGGGGGCCCUUCAGUAAAAGUUACCCACAGACAUAAACACCUGGGACGGGCUGGGUCUUUCUUCAUUUUGUUCUUUUCCAGAAGUCCAUCAUAACUUAUCAAAUACCGUAAAUAUUAGCACCCAAGACAAAUAGGAAAAAGGUUUAAAUGUUUUCUAAAAGAGCAUAAUCCCUUGCAGCUAGAGGAGAGGGGCUGUUAAGUUGGUUUGGCGACAGAACAGCGAGCAAGCAAAACAAGCCCUGUGCAGAAAUACUGCACUCAGGCCAGCUUUCCAGAGUCACACACGGGAUGGCGAGUGCCCGUGCAGGGACCGUGUGGCCGGGCGUGUGCGUGCGGGGCAGGCCGCACCCCACCGCUCUGAGGGAUGGACACCUCACUUCAUGUAUCUCGUGUUUUGGAAAAGCAGUGCAGUGUCUUGUCUAGUGGGGAACUCUCCCCUCCCUCUGUCCUUCCCGCAGCCCCAGCACGGAGGUUUCUCUGUAAGAACCGUGUUCCUGUACCUGCCGCCCGGGAUUCCUCUGGAGGUGCUCCUGCAUAGCACAAGCCUAACCGAGUUCUGAACUGUCGUUCAAAGCUCAAUGUCUGCAUGAUGUCACAUCUGUGGUUCCUUUGGGGAAAAUUUGUAUGUAAAUGUACAGAAAUAAAAACAUUGCCCAUUAACAAAU